AUGACAAUUGAAAACAAAAAUCAAUUUCAAACUUCUAUUGUUUCCAAUUCAACUAUAAAAUCCAAAACAUUUUUUAUCUUUACUGGACUACUUAUUUUAUUUUCUAUUCUAACAAUUAUUCUUACUGCUAUUAUCUUAAGUAUAAUUGUCAAGAAUUUUAACUCGAUUAAUACUACAAAUUCUUCUUCUUCUUGUAAUAAUACUACUAAUAAUAAUAAUAAUGGAUCGAUUUCAUUUGUUAAUGAAAUAAAAUCAGAUGAUUUAAUGAAACAUUUAAAUGAAUUACAAAAAAUAGCUGAUAAAAGUAAUGGAACACGAGCAAUUGGAACUCAAGGAUUUAAUGAUACUAUUGAUUAUAUAACAAAUCAAUUACAACAAAAUACAAAUUUUGUAAUUCAACAUGAAUAUUUUAAUUUACGAAAUUCAAUUCUAAAAGGAAUACCAAAAUUUCAAUCUGUAAUAAAUAAUCAUAUUGAUGAUUAUAUUUAUUUAACAGAUUUUACUCAUAUUAUAUUUUCACCAAGUGCUAAUUUUGAUUCAUUUAUUCAAUUAGUUGUAAUUCCAAAUCUUGGUUGUCAAGAUAUUGAUUGGAUAAAUGUAUCAAAUACGGAUUCAAUUGCAUUAGUAAAACGUGGUGAUUGUGGAUUCGCUGAAAAGGCUCAAUUUGCAGAAAAAUAUCGUGUAAAAGGAUUUUUAAUUUAUAAUGAUGGAAUAGCACCAGAUCGUUUUCAAGUUUAUCAAAAUGUACGAGGUAUUAUGAAUGGAACAAUUCCUGGAUAUUUUUUAUCUUAUAAUCUUGGAAUGAAAUUUGUUAAUGCAGCAUCUAAUAUAAAUACAAAUAUUUCUAUUAUUAUGAAUAGUGAUGUAUAUGAUGCACAAGGUAUUGCAAAUAUUUGUGCUGAUACUCCAACAGGAGAUAAAACAAAAACAAUCAUUGUUGGAUCUCAUAGUGAUGGAGUUUUAGAUGGAAGUGGAAUUAAUGAUAAUGGUAGUGGUACAAUUGGAAAUUUGGUUUUGGCUCUUAAUUUAGCACGUCUAUUAAGAGAAUCUUCGUCAAAUUAUAUUCCAUAUGAAUAUCGUGUUCGAUUUUGUUGGUGGGGAGCAGAAGAACUUGGUCUUAUUGGUUCUAUUUAUCAUGUUGAACAAGCUUCAUUAUCUCAUGCCACAAUUGAAAGUGGACGUUUACAAGAUUAUCUAUCAUAUUUUAAUUAUGAUAUGAUAGGAUCUUCUAAUUAUAAUUUUGGUAUUCUUGAUAGUAUUGAUGGGAUUUAUGUUCCAUCUGGUACACCAGAACAUGCGAUUAUUGGUACUGAUAAAAUUGCCAAUUUAUUUCAACAAUGGUUUAAUCAACAAAAAUUACCAUGGACACAAUCUGGUGUUGGAGGUGGAAGUGAUUUUGUACCUUUUUUGACAGCAGGUAUUGCUGUUGGUGGAGUUAACACUGGAGCGAAUGGAAUUAAAUCAGCAACUGAACGAGAUGUAAUAACAGUAGCAUUAGGUGCGGGUAAUGGUGGAUUAGCUAAUGUUGCUUAUGAUUCAUGUUACCAUCAACAAUGUGAUAGAAUACAAAAUAUUAAUCCAUUUGCAUAUGAAAUAUCGGUUAAAGCAGCUGCUUAUGCUAUUGAAUAUAUGGGAAGAUUGAAUGAUUUAGAAAAAUGGAUUUAUCCAAAAGGUCGACCAACUCAUAUUCAUUUAUUAAAUAUAAAUAAACAAUAUUAUAUUUGUAAUGGUUCUAUGUGUAUGUGA